AUGGGCCCCGACACGGUUCUUAGCAAAAAUGAGGAAAAGUUCUUGGAAGAUUGGAUAAUCAACCUAGCAAAAUGUGGAUUUCCACUUAAGCCAUCUGACCUUCUGAACACCGUUCAAAAAAUCAUAUUGGAGGAGAAAAACCGACACAACAUCCUUAAUUGUCCCCCAGAACUCCAGAGCGACUGUCAAAAGGACGAGCAAUCGUUACGGAGGAAGUACCUCGAAAAUGGUGCUGAUGGUCAAAUUCUACCGCCUUUAGGCGUGUUCCCAUAUGUGCGCUCUCCACCAGCUUUGGUGAAAAGCAUGCCGGACAAAUGGGUAUUGAGAAGAUCGGAGACUGGUUGGAUGCGAUCCGAAUCAUUUUUCGAAAAUGUGGCCAACAGUUUCGUUGACUAUCUUUCUGAAAACAAUAUUAAGCGGGUAGUAUUAUUUUUGGUCGAUGGUCAUAAAUACCAUCUUACCAUGGAACUGAGCGACUUCUGCAGGAGUAGUAGGAUAAUUUUAUAUGCACUUUAUUCAAAUAAAACACACAUUACUCAGCCAGCUGAUGUGGGUGCAUUCAAGGGGCUUAAAAGUGACUAUAAAAAAACGGUUCACAAAUGGCAGAGCAUUCCAGCAAAUGAAAAUAAGGCUGUGACGAAGACCAACUUCUGCGAACUUCUAAAAGCGGUGCUGAACAGCACAGACACGACGGAAAGCAUUAAAAACGCUUUUAGAAAGUGUGGAAUUUUUCCAUUCAAUUUAGAUGCUAUCGAUUUUGCUGAAUGUCUGGCCUUAGCAAAAACUUAUUUUGAGGCACAGGGAAUCGACUUUGCAUCUGUGAUGCGAAUUAUAGACAAAGUUCAGAAUGAACAGCAGCCCAAUCAACCGAUUGCUAGUAUUGAAGAUGGAACAGCCGAAUUUCAAGAAUUGCUAGAUGAAGCCAACAUGAAAGUUGAAAUUCCCUAA